GGUGAGGGAGGGAUUUCGCAACUUUAUUUACUGCACGUCAUAACUGUCAAGCAUGUAGUGCUGUUUCAGGAUAUAUAUUGUUUUAAUCAAGGAUUUUUGUUCAAAGGGUCAUAUUUACCACGGAAUCUCUUGUGAAAAUAUCAAACUUCACAAUAAGGAACAGAACACAAGUUGUCUAAAGUAGUGCCACACCCUCUCCAUACAAAUAUGGACGAGUUCCAGGAUGGCCCGCAGGGCAAUUACAGAUCAACUAUCAAUGUAACCAACCCACAGAGAGGGCCUGGACCAGUUGAGAUGACAAAUCUACCUCCUAAACCCAGUGGUGAUCCUGAGCCCGCACCCCAGCCUCCAGCUCCAUCUAUCCCCAGGGUAGAGAGCACGAAUGAAAUACUCAACCUCACACUGCAUCAGUGUGCAAGAAUGGGUGAUGUUAAGAGUGCUAAGAUUUUAUUGAGCAACAUGGGAGGCAAUAUAAAGAAGAAAAUCAACGUUCGUGAUGAGGAUGACCUGACACCACUUCAUUAUGCAGCUCGAUACAAUCAGCUGAAUGUGCUUAUUGUCCUUGUUGAAAAUGGAGCAGAUAUAAAUGCAAGAGAUGAAGAAGGCCUGACACCACUGCACUAUGCUGCUAGAUUCAAACGUGAGGGUAAGAAGAUGAAACCCGAGGAUGAUGAUGAAGAAGGGACUGAAGAGCAGGCUAAUGGAGGUAUGAAAGUGAGUGAUACAGCGGAAGAAUUGGCAUCACAGUCUAGCGUAAUUCAUUACCUUAUCAGUAAAAGGGCAGAUAUCAACGAACGUGACAUCUACGGGCAAACGCCCCUUCAUUAUGCAUGUAUGAGAGGAAAUGAAGUGGCUACAAGGGAACUUCUCACAUACAAACAAUUGCAGAUUGAGGCAACAGACAAACAGGGUAUGACAGCUCUACAUAUGGCUGCCUCUCACCGUCAGACAAACAUCGUACGUAUGUUGAUUGACUCGGGAGCAAAUCUACGAUGUAAGGAUGAUGAGGAUACCACUCCAUUGCUAGCAGCCUGUACUGAGGGUAAUGUACAGGUCGUGAAGAAACUGUUUAAGGCUGCCGCAAAAAGUUCCGGUGGAUGGGUUACUAUACAAGAGAUGGUUACAGACAAGGAUGUAGAUGGGAACACUUGUCUUAGCCUUGCUGUGGAAAAUGGACAUUAUGAAGUUGUCAAGCUUUGUCUUGAAAAAAGAGCGGAUGUAAACACUCCCAACAACAUCUACAUGUACCCUCUACAUCUUGCGGCAGUGAACGGAGAUCUACGAAUUGUACGUCUUCUUGUGGAGCAUAACGCACGUAUUGACGCUCUCAAUAAUGAACAGGCCACUCCCCUACACAAGGCCUGCCAGUAUAAUCAUGUCCAGGUGGUUGAGUUUCUUGUUGACAGAGAAGCUGACAUUGAACGUAGAGAUGAGGAGAACUAUACUCCUCUCCUAUUGGCCAGUGUAUAUGGCCGUGCCCCCACUGUUGAUCUACUCAUUCAGAAGGAGGCUGACAUUGCAGCUGUGGAUAAAAAUGACAAGACUGCAAUAUUCCUUGCUGCAGAAGAAAACCAGCUGAAUGCGUUAGAGACUCUCAUGAAGUACGAGGAGGUCCGAAGCUUGGUUAAUGUCAGCGAUAGGUAUGAUAACGAUCCGUUACACAUUGCAGCCAUGAAGGGAUACCUUCCAAUUGUCAGGUGUUUGUUAAAGAAUGGAGGGGACAUGGAAAGUAAGAAUGAGGAAGAACAGACACCACUACAUCUUGCUGCCAAGUUUGGUAGAACAAAUAUUGUGCGUGAGAUUGUUUCCCAAGACAAGAAUGCUGUAAAUGAUGAAGAUGAAAAUUCCAACACAGCACUUCAUUUAGCAGCAUUGGCAGGUCAUGCGAAGGUUGCUGAGGUACUCAUUGAGUUUGGAGCUGAUGUAGCUGCUAGGAAUGUGAGUCUGUGGACACCACUAGAUUGUGCUGCGGCUAAGGGCUGGAUGAAGACAGCUAAAGUUCUGUUAGAGGCGGACUCUCCUAUAGAUCCUAUGGACAAAGCAAAAACAACCCCUCUGCAUUUGGCCUGUAGGUAUGGACAUGUGGAUGUGGUGGAGUUGUUGAUAGACUGGGAUGCUGAUGUUGAGCAGAGAGAUUCAGAUGGUAACAACUGUCUUGAUCUGGCCAUAGACAAUAAUAAUGCGAAUGUUGCUACGAGUAUUGUCAAAUCUAAUUACUGGCAAGAGGCCCUGCGCAAUCACACUUUAGAUCUGAACACAAACAGACAUGAUACACCAAUGAGAAAACUGAUCAGGAAGAUGCCAGAUGUGGCAGAGGAAGUGUUUAAUCGUUGUAUGCAGCACAACAAGGAGAGCCUGGAGAGCUAUAAGUACAAGAUUACCUUCAAUUACGAGUUCCUCGAUGAUCUAUACUCGGUACUUAACUGGAGUGAGAAAGGAAGCAGUGAUUCAGGAUCCUCCUCAGGUAGCUUGUAUGAUGAUGAGGACCAUCUGACAAAGUACGCACGCCCUUAUACCACAGACUCCGGAACUUUCAAGAAAAAUCAUCCACUCAUGAUAAUGGUUACAUCAAAGAGAGAAGAUUUAUUGGCUCAUCCGCUGGUUACAGCAUUGUUGAGAUACAAGUGGACAAAGUUUGGUCGUACCUUCUAUUAUGUGAAUUUUGUCAUUUAUGCUGUGUUCCUCACCUUUCUGACGGGAUAUAUUGUAUCAACUGACGCUCCAUAUAUGAUAAAUGAUACUUGUUCCCAGCUGAAGACAGCUGGAUAUGGUCAACCUACCUUUGCAAAGGUUGGAAAAUAUGCCAUCAUCAUAUUAGCUGCAUGGAACUUGUUACGAGAGUUGAUACAAGUGUACCAGGCAAAGCUGAACUAUCUAAGUUGGGAAAACCUGAUAGAAUGGACAGUGUAUGUUACAUCCCUACUGUUUGUUAUUGACUUUGAGGACUGUCAGAAAAAUACUGGCUACAGAACUCGCUGGCAAUGGAAUGUUGGAACAGUUGCAAUAUUUCUGUCCUGGAUCAACCUUGUGUUGUUUGCCCAGAAGUUCCCAAGGUUUGGUAUCUACGUGGUGAUGUUCAAGGACAUUCUACGGACAUUCUUCCAGUUCUUCAUAGUCUUCAUGUUGUUUAUUAUCGGUUUCGCUCUCGCAUUCUACUCACUCCUGCAGAACCAGGAAUCAUUUUCAACUGUAUGGCAGUCUUUGAUAAAGACGACGGUGAUGAUGAUCGGAGAGUUUGAAUAUGACUCAAUUUACACAGAAGGUGUAGUUUACUACGAGGUUCUUGGAUACAUUCUGUUUUGCGUGUUUAUGGUGGUCAUGUCAAUCAUCAUCAUGAACUUGCUUGUUGGUUUGGCUGUAGAUAACAUUAAAGAAGUACAAGAACAAGCAGAGCUGACCAGGAAAGCUAUGCAGGUUGAGCUGGCUUUAGAUGUGGAAAGAAUUGUACCUGACUUCUUCCGUAGAAGGUUGGUCGUGAGAAAGGACACAUUGAAACCAAACCAGGGUAUUAGCAGAAUCUUCAGCAGUGCGUUUGGACUUGAAAGUUACGGUCUUACUGCACAGACAAUCAACAAAGCUCUCAAUCCUGAACUGGAUGAGAUAGAAGUAGUGAAGGAAAGUCAGGAGAAGCUACAAUCCACAAUCAACAAGAUGCGUUAUAACAACAAGGAAAUGAAGGCCCAAUUAAACAACCUUGAGGGAAUGAUGAAAGCGCUCAUGACAGCACAGGGAGUUAGUUGGCAGGAUGAAGACUUUCAGGAAGUGGAUGAAAUCAGUCCAAUGGGAGUUUACUCAUAGACUGGUUCUGUCCUUCCUGGACAAUCUGUAUAGACUUGUUCUACUCUGAAGGAUGUUCCUCAGACUGGUUUAUUUUCUUUUGAGCAUCCAGUAUGGCCUUGUUUCAUUCUUCAUUUAAAUGUAUGCUUUAUAGUUGGUUGUUUUGUCUAAGAAAAAGUUGUUCUGAGUUAUGUAAACUUACAGAAUUUUAAAAGAUAGUUAGUUAGAUAGUUCAAUCAUUUGUGUAUUAUAAACAUAUAAUAAGGAUUUUAGAAAGAGCCGAAAUAUAUUUACAUUUGUUUACAUGUGUGUUAUUUUCAUCAACCUUGAAACAGAUUUUUUUCAGUUGAUGCUGUUGUCUUUCUUUAAUGUUUUAUUUAUAUUCCUAGCAAUGUACAGAAUAUCAUUGAUGAAUGAAAACACACACAAUAUGUGAUUGCAAACAUAUUUAAGAGUGUGGCAUUAUCUACUUUUGUAGGCACGAAAUUUGUUAGUUUAGGCAAAAACUGGAUAUGGUUUCAUUAAUUUCUACUUCUGAACAUAAAAUUAAUGGGAAUUUUCUUUGUUCCAUGGGAUUCAGUUUUGUAGACAAACUAAACCAUGACUUGCAUGAAAAUUUGUCCCCCACAAAUAGUAAUGACUUCAUGAUAGAUGUUCUGUCAAGUGUUUAUUGCUAUUUAUUAUAUGAUUAUAGGGACAUGGUAUUGUUCCAUCAAGCUAUUGAUAUUUAUGACUGAUAGAUCUCUUUUAACACUAGCUAUACAGAUGUAAUCUUAGUUUAAGGACUGUAUAUAGGGUACCUACGUAAGGACUGUACAUAGGGUAUCUCUAGUGUUAACGUCUUAUCUCAAAUUCUUAUUUAAAAGCUUUGUUCACAUUGUUUUAAGAAUUAUUGACUAUUUUAUAAAUUAUUGACUAUAGAUAUUUUUGGACAUAUUGUUGGCUAAUAGUCACACCGAUUUCAAAAUUUGGAAAUCACAAAGCUCAAAAACAUUUAUAAAAACAGAACCAUUGUGAAUAUUCCACAAGCUACAAUAGUUAGGUUAUUUAGUAAUGUACAUUUAUAUAGUAAGUGCUUUUUGAUGCCAUUUUACUUAAGAAUUGAUAUAUUACUGUGAUUCAAGAAGUUUGUUAUAAACAAUGUUGUCUUACUUUUGUCAGUGGUACAAAAUGAAAUCAUACCGGUAAUUCUAGGUAAAAAUCCAGAAGUAAAAAGUGAGGCAUAAUAUUUUUUAUUGUUUGAUAUUUUGCAAUACUAACAGUAUAUAAGGGUAAUGUUGUUUCCAAGAUUGUUUAUAUGUUUCUCAAGUAUUUUGCCGAAGUCUGCAUUGUGUUGAGAGAAGUUAUGCAAGUUCUCUUGUUCAGAAGGAUACAAGGUAGUAACACAGUCAUUUCUAGACUGUGCAGACCAGGCUCCGAGGUUUUAAAACUGAGCUUGAAAACCAGUCUUAAAUGCAGUCGUGCUUUUGGCCAGUUUUAAAACAGAGCUCAGAAUCCACCAAUCAGAUUCUGGAGUUUUGAAACUGGUCUCCAAAUUAGUAGCCCGGUGUAACUGACUAGUUAGUUCUUUCCCCCCCUAGUCAAUUUUUUCCCCCCAAUCGCAACUGGUUGCUCUUGAUCAUUCUGAUGGGGGGAAAAAACUAACUAGUCAAUUCUUUCCCCCCUCAUCAAUUUUCCUGGCUAGUCAAUUAUUUCCCCUGUCAGUGAAUUGGAACUGGUUAUUCUUGGUUAUUCUUAACUAGCCUGUUUUUCAUUUCCAAUAGUCGGUUUUCAUUUAAAUUUCAUAUAAAAUAAGAAAUAUGUUUCAUAUUUUGUGUAACCUAAAGAAAUGUUUUUAAAAGAACUUAUUUUAAUUUCUGUUGUAUUUUUUUAUUUGCCUUUUUCCUGUAAGGUAAGGAAAUUACUGCUGGUCAGUUCUUUUCCCACGUAGCCAGUACUUGACCAGUAAGGCGUGGGAAAUAAAUUGACCAGUCAGUUCUUUUCCCUUUAGCCUGUACUUGCUCUGUUAGGUGGGGGAAGAAAUUGACCAGUCAGUUCUUUCCCCACUAACCAGUAUUUGACCUGUCAGGUGGGGAAAUGAAAUUGACCAGUCAGUUCUUUCCCCCCUAGCCAGUACUUGCUUUGUCAGGUGGGGGAAGAAAUUGACCGGUCAGUUCUUUCCCCCCCUAGCCAGUAUUUGCUCUGUUAAGUGGGAAGAAAUUGACCGGUCAGUUCUUUCCCCCCUAUCAUAUACUUGACCCGUCAGGUGGGGGAAGAAAUUUACUGGUCAGUUCUUUCCCCUCUAGUCAGUACUUGCUAGAAAGAACUGACUGAUUCUUCCCCCUCUAGCCAGUACUUGCUCUGUUAGGUGGGCGAAGAAAAUGUCUGGUCAGUUCUUUCCCAUCUAGCCAGUACUUGACUUGUCAGGUGGGGAGAAGAAAUUGACCGGUCAGUUCUUUUCCCCGCUAGCCAGUACUUGCUUUGUUUGGUGGGAGAAGAAAUUGACUGGUCAGUUCUUUCCCCCCAGCAAGUACUUGACCUGUCAGGGGGAGAUGAAAUUAACCAGUCAGUUCUUUCCCCCCUAGCUAGUACUUGACCUGUCGGGUCGGGAGAAGAAAUUGACUGGUCAGUUCUUUUCCCCUUAGCCAGAUGUUGACCUGUCAGGUGGGGAGAAGAAAUUGACCAGUCAGUUCUUUCCCCCCUAGCCAGUGCAUGACCUGUCAGGUAGGGGAAGAAAUUGAUUAGUCAGUUCUUUCCCCCCAAGCAAGAUGUUGACUUGUCAGGUGGGGGAAGAAAUUGACCGGUCAGUUCUUUCCCCCCUAGCCAGAACUUGACCUUUCAGGUGGGAAGAAGAAAUUGACCGGUCAGUUCUUUCCCCCCUAUCAUAUGCUUGACCUGUCAGGUGGGGGAAGAAAUUUACUGGUCAGUUCUUUCCCCUCUAGGCAGUACUUGCUAGAAAGAACUGACCAGUCAAUUUCUUCCCCCUCUAGCCAGUACUUGCUCUGUUAGGUGGGUGAAGAAAAUGUCUUAUCAGUUCUUUCCCCCUAGCCAGUGCUUGACCUGUCAGUUGGGGGAAUAAAUUGACUGGUCAGUUCUUUCCCCUCCAAAGCCAGUACUUGGUCUGUUAGAUGGGGGAAAGAACUGACCGGUCAAUUUCUUCCCCCACCUAACAGAGAAAGUGAUAGCUAGGGGGAGAAAGAACUGACUGGUCAAUUUCUUUCCCACCUAACAGAGCAAGUACUGGCUAGGGGGGAAAGAACUGACUAGUCAAUUUCAUUUCGCCUCUUGACAGGUCAAGUGCUGGCUAGGGGAAAAAGAUCUGACUGGUCAAUUUCAUUUCCCGACCUGACAGGUCAAGUAUAUGUUAGGGGGAAAAGAACUGACCAGUCAAUUUCUUCCCCCACCUGAUGUGUCAAGUAUAUGUUAGGGGGAAAGAACUGACUGGUCAAUUUCUUCCCCCACCUGACAGGUCAAGUACUGGCUUGGGGGGAAAGAACUGACUAGUCAAUUUCUUCUCCCCACCUGACAGGUCAAGUACUGGCUGGGGGGGGGGGGGAAAGAACUGACCAGUAAAUUUCUUCCCCCACCUGAUAGGUCAAGUAUAUACUAGGGGGAAAGAACUGACUGGUCAAUUUCUUCCCCCACCUGAUAGAUCAAGUAUAUGCAAGGGGGGAAAGAACUGACUGGUCAAUUUCCUCUCCCCACCCAACAGGUCAAGUACUGGCUAGGGGGGAAAGAACUGACCAGUCAAUUUCUUCUCCCCACACCACAGGUCAAGUACUAACUAUAUAUAGGGGGAAAGAACUGACUAGUCAAUUUCUUCUCCCACCUAUAUGCUAGGGGGGAAAGAACUGACUGAUCAAUUUCUUCCCCCACCCGAUAGGUGAAAUAUACGCUAGGGGGGGAAAUAAGUGACUGGUCAAUUUUUUCCCUCACCUGAUAGGUCAAGCAUAUGCAGGGGGGAAAGAACUGACCAGUCAAUUUCUUCCCCGCACCUGACAGAUAUUAAAUAGUAAUGGCAAUCAAACAGAAGUUAAAAAAUUUGAUUUGACAAAAAAAAACAUUGAUUAAAGUUACAAAAAAGAAACAUACAGGUUUAUUCAAAUGAAAAACAAUACCUGUUUCAUCUGAAAUUUAAAUGGAAAAUGAAUAGACACUUGUAUCCCAAAUAACAAUACCGAAAGAAUCCAGUACUUGAAGGGAAAACUAGGGGGAAAGAACUGACUAACUAGUCAGUUUCUUUCCCUAUCAGAAAACUUAUUCCAAGGGGGGAAAAAACUGACUAGGGGGGGAAGAAACUGACUAGUCAGUUUUUUCCCUGGGGGAAAGAAUUGACUAGUCAGUUUUUUCCCCGGGGAAAGAACUGACUGGGGGAAAAACUGGGCUGUUACACCGGUCUUUUUAUUGGAAUCAAAAUAAUUUCGAAUUGUUAUUUUUAAAGCAAAACUCCAUAAUUAACAUGUUUUAAUCUCUCAUGUAAAGUAUUGUUAUCUGCAAAAAAAAAGCCGUUGUUUGUAGAGAAUUUAUGUUUUUCAACAGACAAAUGAUGGACAGACUUUAUUAUUACUAUCAUGUAUCUUUAUCAUACAAUAGAAUAUGCAUUUUCUGUUCAUAACAUACUGCAUGUAUAUACAUCAACAAAUCAGUAUAUUAUUUGGUGAUGAUUAUAUUUUCCAUAUUAAUAAUAGUUUGCAGAAUCAAAAAAAAAAAUUGAAACUUGACAGAAUAGAUAUAAAGCUAUGGAUCAGAUCAGUUUUCUGUGUUGAAAGGGUAACAUUCAUAGCUAAGUCUAUACCAGACUGGAUCUAUGUUUGGCAUCAUUUGGCUGGUUAGGUUUUCAGCUUUCUGAUAAAUAAAAAAUUGUGUUAGUUAAAGAGAGCAGUGAUGACUUAUAAAACUUAAUUACAAUGGCUAUUUCUAUUUAUUAUGAAUCACUUCAUUAGUUUUAAGUUUGAUUUCAACUUAAUAAAUACUUACAGUGUGAAACUGCUUCAGUGGUCACCUGUACUAAGCAGCAACUUGCCUUACACAGUCAGUCAGCUGACUUUCUUUAUCUACAUUUUGUUUUAAUCUCUAUCCAUUUUAAGCAGCCACCUUCCUUAACCAGUCACAUUUUGUCACACGCUUGGCUGGCUGACAAAUGUUUGACUGUUAAAAUUACCUAAGAUACAAAAUAGUGCCAAACUCGUGUAUUUUUCAUAGAUUUAGAAGUUACCAGGAAGUAAUGAUAAUUUUUGCUUUUUAAUCAACAGUUUUUUCAUGCCUGGUACUAAGGUAGGUUUUAAAAAAAACGAUGGUGAUGCUGAACAUAGAUUCAGUUUGGUUUGCCCUAAGGUAUUUAUAUAUAGAACAAUGAUAAUGACCUGAGAUAAAGUGAGGUAUUAAACAAGUACUUGUGCCUUUUCAUGUAUCUGCUGAUAAUGCUCAGUUGUUUUAUUGUAUCAUUUCUACUUGGGUAAUAUUACUUUAUUAAUCAGAGAUUUACACUUAAUUGUUAGUCUAUUUUACACUGUAGUUCAUAUCUUCCGUUGCAUAGAUUUAGUUUAUGCUAGUUUACUAUGUCUUGGGAUUGAAAUCCGUUUAAAAGUUAUCAGCUGUAUCUUGUAUUGUGUUGUGUUGUGUUGUGUUGUGUCUUCUGUCGAAUGGGAGAUUUUACAUUGGUUGGUACUUUACCUCAGUUUUUCCUGUCAUUUCUAAAUUGAGAAAUACAAGGCUUUAAAUAGAAUUAUGAAAGAUAGAAUAUACUGUUGAUUUCCUUAAUUUGAUUAAUAGAUUUUUGUACUUGCAGGUUAAUAUGUAUCACAUGGUUAAUCAACUCCAUUUUGAAGAGGGGAAGUUAUAGAAAUGUUUGUAAAUGAUCGUGUAAAUGUAUUGAACAGCUGUUUGAAAUCCAGCAUUAUCGGCACUUCCGUUAUGGAGGUUCGGUUGUUGUUAUAAUAUUGGGACAUAGUUACUUAAUGUUAUGUGUACAGAAUAUAUUUAUACCUUGUAAAUUAUAAAAAAAUAGUUUGUUAGAAGUAUGAAUCUACUAUGAAUAUGUUUCUUUUCAUGCUUUAAUGAUGUACAGUCAAACAUGUGUUAAAGACCACCUGUGAACAGGAACCUCCUGUGUUAAAGUCCACUAUUUUCAUUUCCACAUUUAAACAAUGUUGCAGUGUAUUAUAACCUGUGAGUAAUUACCAACUUUAAAUAAAGACUACUUGUUGAGUCUCACAAGCAUGGUCUCUUUAUACAGGUAUGACUGUACAUCAGAAAUCUUUUUGAGCUGAAUAGCUAUAGUAAAUUAAUAUAAUGUGUUUAACUGUUUGUGAAGUCUUUAAAAAUGUUCUUAGAAGUUCUGAGAAUGAAGUGCUAAAUCACAAAAUAUAUUGUUACAAAUACAUAAAAUCAUUUACCUGUAUGUUAACAUUUGUUACUUUAUAUAUGAGUUAAAUUUUGUGCUGUCCUAAUCUAACCAAUAGUGACAAUCUGCAACCACUUCUCAGCCAAACAGUUGAUUAAUAAGGAAAAUCUAUACAUAUUUGCACAGUUUCUAUAAUGCUUUAUGUUUGUAGUACAUUUGAGCCAUGCCAUGAGAAAACCAACAUAGUGGGUGUGCGACCAGCAUGGAUCCAGACCAGCCUGCGCAUCCGCGCAAUCUGGUCAGGAUCCAUGCUGUUCGCUAACAGUUUCUCCAAUUCCAAUAGGCUUUUAAAGGGAACAGCAUGGAGCCUGACCAGACUGCGCAGAUGCGCAGGCUGGUCUGGAUCCAUGCUGGUCGCACACCCACUAUGUUGGUUUUCCCAUGGCACGGCUCAUAUUUUAUAUAUGUAGGGUCAGUUAAAAUGCAUUGAUUGAAGAAUUUCAAUGUCAAAAAGAUUUUCCCUAUUGAAAAAAAAUAGGUUUAGUAUGGCUUUGAGCUUCAUUUUUUGAAAGAAAUUGGUUUUUAUUACACUAGAAGAUUUUGUAUGAAUAUAUAUGUAUCCAUGUUUUUUUAUGGAUUUAGAUAUUAUAUAUGUAAGUAAUGUAUACAUGUAGAUAAGCAGAGUAUAUUUCUGUGAUAAUAUAGUAGUUAUGCAUUAGUGUAUUUACUAUAUGUUUACAAGAUCUGAUUUUUGUACUGCAGUCCUGCCUGUCUUAAGCAGUUGUUAAAAAGAGCAAGUAAAAUGGCUUCAUUUUGCAGGUGGCUGCUUACUGGAAGUAAAUUUAUGUAGACUAUGUGUAAACUUAACUUUUAAAGUUAAGUAUCAAGGGUGUUUGUAUAUAUCUUUUUCUUUCUGCCUUAAUUUAUUUGGUCAUUUAUUAUUAAAGAAGAAUUUUUUUCAUGGGCAUUUCAACUGUAAGAAAAUACUCUAAACAGGUAUUCACAAUUUACAGGUAUAAACAAGUUCAGUGGUAUUAAAGCUAAUCAGCAAAACAUUUUUAAUCAAGACAGUAAGUUCUUGAUAUGGUUGCGUAUUUUUGUGAAAUUCUUGUUAUCUCGAAUCUUUUAAUUAGGUCCACAUGAUGGAAAGUUGUUAAAAGUUAAAUAAUGUGUAUGAGUAUACCUGUGAGCAAGAAACCAAUUUACGCAAUCAAUGCUGGGCACCAGAGUAGUUUAAAUGAAAAAUGGAAAAUUUCUAGAAACAUUGUGGGAGGGGGUGGGGGGUGAGGAGGGGGGCGCAAGGUGGGGACCCAUUAUACAACUUACAAGUAUGAAGCAUUGCUCAUCUGGGGAUUUUUUGUACCCCCCGACAACAAAGUUGUAAGGGGGGUAUACUGGUUUCAGGUUGUCUGUCUGUCCGUCUGUCCGUAGAGGCAAUCUUGUGCGCACCAUCUCUCCUUAUCCCCUUGACACAAUUUAAUGAAACUUCACACAAGUGAUCAGUACCAACAGUAGUUGUGCAUGGGGCAUGUUAGGUUCUUUUAGAAAAAAAAUUUGCAGAGUUAUGGGACUUUGUUUUUUUGUUACUAUACUAUAUACAUAGACACAGUAUUGUGCGCACCAUCUCUCUUCAUCCCCUUGACACAAUUUAAUGAAACUUCACACAAGUGAUCAGUACCAACAGUAGUUGUGCUAGGGCAUGUUAGGUUCUUUUAGGGAAAAAAUAUGCAGAGUAAUGGGACUUUUUUUUUAUGCCCCCGAAGGGAGGCAUAUAGAUUUUGAACCGUCUGUCGGUCCGUCAGUCUGUCUGCAUUUUUCGUGUCCGGUCCAUAUCUUUGUCAUCGAUGGAUGGAUUUUCAAAUAACUUGGCAUGAAUGUGUACCACAGUAAGACGACGUGCCGCGCGCAAGACCCAGGUCCGUAGCUCAAAGGUCAAGGUCACACUUAGACGUUAAAGGAUAGUGCAUUGAUGGGCGUGUCCGGUCCAUAUCUUUGUCAUCGAUGGAUAGAUUUUCAAAUAACUUGGCAUGAAUGUGUACCACAGUAAGACGACGUGUCGCGUGCAAGACCCAGGUCCGUAGCUCAAAGGUCAAGGUCACACUUAGACGUUAAAGGAUAGUGCAUUGAUGGGCGUGUCCGGUCCCUAUCUUUGUCAUAGAUGGAUGGAUUUUCAAAUAACUUGGCAUGAAUAUGUACCACAGUAAGAGGACGUGUCGCGCGCAAGACCCAGGUCCGUAGCUCAAAGGUCAAGGUCACACUUAGACGUUAAAAGUCAUUUUUCAUGAUAGUGCAUUGAUGGGCGUGUCCGGUCCAUAUCUUUGUCAUUCAUGCAUGGAUUUUAAAAUAACUACGCAUGAAUGUGUGGCACAGUAAGACGACGUGUCGUGCGCAAGACCCAGGUCCGUAGGUCAAAGGUCUUAAACUCUAACAUCGGCCAUAACUAUUCAUUCAAAGUGCCAUCGGGGGCAUGUGUCAUCCUAUGGAGACAGCUCUUGUUUGUUACUAUACUAUAUACAUAGACACAAUCUUGUGAGUACCCUCUCUCCUCAUCCCCUUGACACAGUUUAAUGAAACUUCACACAAGUGAUCAGUAACAACAGUAGUUGUGCAUGGGGCAUGUAAGGUUCUUUCAGCGACAAAAAUUGCAGAGUUAUGGGACUUUGUUUCUUGUUAACAUACUAUGUACAUACAGUCUGCAUAUGCAAUCUUGUGCAUGCCUAAUCUACCAAACCCUUGCACACAAUUUAAUGAAACUUCACACAAGUGAUCAGUACCAAGCCUUGUUGUGCAUGGUGCAUGUUACAUUCUUUUAGAUAAAUAUUCUGCAUAGUUAUGGGACUUUGUUUUUUGUUACUAUACUGUAUACAUACAGUCUAUAUACAUACAGUCCACAUAAUUAUGCAAUCUUGUGUGCAUCAAAUUGCAAUGUACUGUGUCAGUGCAUGCGGGGGGGGGGGGGGGUACAUUCAUCACCUUUAGUGAUAGCUCUAGUUACACUUGACACAAAUAAAGAAAAAUUAUCUCAGACUUUGUUAACUUUCAAGUUACUUACAAAUGGCCUUGCAUUAAUCUGUAGGAUUCUUUCUUUUUUAUUCCUCUUGUUAUAUAUUUUAACUCGCUCAAUCCAUUGUGUAUUAUCAUUACUCAUAACUUUAUUUUUGUGAUUAGAUUUAUAGAUAUAUUCAUUUAUUUUAAAGUGCUAUAUCUAUGUACUGUUGUUCCAUCUUCCUGUAGAUGCUACCGUUAUGAAUUAUUAUACAUUUAGAUUUUAUUUCCUGUAAGAAAUUCAGCAUCUUAGCUCACUGACAUAUUAUACAACUUGGUUUGUUUCAGUAUAAUUGGGAGGAUUAAACAGAAUUUGAAUAUGACGUUAAGAAAUACAUUGGGUUUGAAAAGUUCUUUUAAAUGUUUGUGAAACCAAAUGUUACAAAACUUGACAGUGAUAUUGGUACAUGAAAAAAGUGUUCACCAAAGCUCGUUGUUACAAAAUUAAAUUUUUAACUAAUUCAGAGAGGAGGUUAUUUUACCAUAAAAAUGUCAACAGGUUGUUUUAUUCCCAAACUAAAUUGUAAGUAAAAUGUUGCUUCACGUUUAUUUGGUUGUGUAAACCAUUCAGGAUUUUAAUAAUAGUGCCUAGAUCACUUGGAAAAUGGCAUAUGUUACAUCAAGGGAUUAUUACAUUUUCCAUGGUUACAACAUUACCUUCAGUACAUUGGUAUGUCCUUAUUGUUAUUCUUCUGUUGUUUAUUUUGUCCCUUGAUAUACUUCCACUAAGACCAGUCCACCCUUCGCUGGAAACCUUGUUGACCAAUAACUUGGCAGUUGACUGUCAUAUUAAACAGGUCACAGAAAUGAAACGAAGUGUCUACCUCAUCAAUUUUUGAUAUUCUGUUUCAUAAGUGAUUCUAUGGGUUUGGUAUUCCUUUCAUGUGAAUCUGCUUGUUUUAUCAUAAAAUACUGUGCAUUAUAAACAAUACGAAGAAAAACGGGUGUUCUAAUACUACAGUUGAACUUCGUUAACUUGAACUCAGUGUGACCAGCAAAAUUUGUACGAGUGUUCGUUGUUUGAGUUAUGGAACAAAAUUCAUCAUACAGGGAUUUUUACGGGACCUGACGACGAGUGUGAGAAGGGUGAUUUACGAAUUAUCUGAGUUCGAGAUAAUGAAGUUUGACUGUAUAUGGUACACAUAUUGAAUCAAGUUGCACAGUCCACUAAAUAUUCUUCUUUGAAUGACAUUUGAUUCUUCUUUUUGUCUUUUACAUAAGUGUCUACAACAAGAAAUAAAAUGUGUGUUUGAAUCAUUACAGUAACAGCAGGACCAGCCAAAUAUAUCGAAUUUGUUACUUUAUUAUACAAGGUUUCAGCACCAAUAUAAAAUCUUACUUUUGUGACUUUUCACAGCCCUUUCUUUUGUAUUUUGUAUAUUUAUAUAUUUUAUAUAGACAGUUAUAUUAACAUUGGUAUAUUUGAUAUGUAAGUAAAGCUUUCAUGUCUUAGUACUUGAAUAAACUAAAAAUAUACAUA